AUGGGAAGCAGAUUAGGAAGAAGAGUGAUACACUUCGCAAACCUACCAAUCAAGCUUCUCAUGCCAUCUUCAUUCACCAACAUCCAAGAAAUCGCCCUCAAAACCAUUCCUUCAGCCUCCAAGAUCGAGAUCAAACGCGUUCUGGAAUCUCUCUACGGCUUCGAAGUUGAAAAAGUUCGAACAUUGAACAUGGACGGAAAGAAGAAGAAACGCGGCGGCAUUUUGAUCGCAAAACCUGAUUACAAAAAGGCUUACGUAACCCUAAAAAACCCGCUUUCAAUUAACCCUAACCUUUACCCGAUCCGAGUCAUUGAAGAGGAUAAAAAGAGCUUGAAUAAACAGGCUAUGGCUAGCGUUGUUGAAGAAGCACCAAGCAAAUCCCACUGGCUCGAUGAGAACAAGGAAGCUCAACGGUUUAAGCCCCAAAACGGUUAUAACCGGGGACGGUUCGAUAGUUCUGGUUCAAACCGAGGUUCCGGCUCGAACCAAGGACGAUUUGAUAGUUCCGGUUUGAAUAGGGGGCGGUUUGAUCGUUCCGGUUCAAACAGGUCUGAUGGUUCUGCUGCCAAGUUUCCCUGGACUAACAUGAGGUCUGGUAGGAGUACUGCCACUAGGUAG